GGGGAGGCCAGGGCGCCGGGGUUGCAUUACUGUUUUUGUCGGGGCCCCGCGUGGAAAGGUUAGGGGUGAAGAACAACGCAGGACCUGCCUUCUUGCCGCCUCGGCAGACGCCCCGCGCUGUCGCCGAGCCGCUGGUUCCGGGCCCUGCUCCCGGCCUCCCCUCGCCCUGCGGCCCGGAGUCUCCAGCUCCCUGUACACUGCACGAUUUGGCCCCUGCCCUGGCGCCCUCCUUCCCAGCAGAGACUUCCAGAUCUCAAAUGCUUUUGACUGAUUUUAAAGCAUUGUUCUACUCGUAGCUGUCUCUUUGCAACCUGACUGGAGGCACCAGGGUGGUCUUCACCAUGCCAACGGUGGUGGUGAUGGAUGUGUCCCUUUCCAUGACCCGCCCCGUGUCCAUCGAGGGGUCGGAGGAGUACCAGCGCAAGCACCUAGCCGCCCACGGUCUGACGAUGCUGUUUGAGCACAUGGCCACGAAUUACAAGCUUGAAUUUACAGCCCUGGUGGUUUUUUCAUCACUCUGGGAAUUGAUGGUUCCCUUCACAAGAGAUUAUAACACCCUGCAGGAAGCACUAAGUAAUAUGGACGAUUACGACAAAACCUGCCUGGAGUCUGCAUUAGUUGGUGUUUGCAAUAUCGUUCAGCAAGAGUGGGGUGGUGCAAUUCCUUGCCAGGUGGUUCUGGUGACCGAUGGCUGUCUUGGCAUUGGGAGAGGGUCGCUUCGACAUUCCCUAGCUACUCAAAACCAAAGAAGUGAGAGCAACAGGUUUCCACUACCUUUUCCUUUCCCGUCUAAGUUGUACAUCAUGUGCAUGGCAAAUCUGGAGGAGCUUCAAAGCACGGACUCCUUGGAAUGCCUUGAACGUCUCAUAGACUUAAACAAUGGUGAAGGGCAAAUUUUUACUAUUGAUGGUCCUCUGUGCUUGAAAAAUGUACAGUCUAUGUUUGGAAAGCUGAUAGACCUGGCAUAUACACCUUUCCAUGCUGUUCUAAAGUGUGGCCACCUAACUGCUGACGUACAAGUCUUCCCCAGGCCAGAACCUUUUGUCGUGGAUGAAGAAAUUGAUCCUAUCCCUAAAGUCAUUAACACAGAUUUAGAAAUAGUGGGAUUUAUUGAUAUAGCUGAUAUUUCAAGUCCUCCAGUUCUGUCCAGGCAUCUGGUCUUACCUAUAGCACUUAACAAAGAAGGUGAUGAGGUGGGUACAGGCAUCACUGAUGACAAUGAAGAUGAAAAUUCAGCCAAUCAGAUUGCAGGGAAAAUACCCAACUUCUGUGUCCUCCUCCAUGGCAGCCUAAAAGUGGAAGGAAUGGUGGCUAUUGUCCAGCUAGGUUCUGAAUGGCAUGGAAUGCUCUACUCUCAAGCUGACAGCAAGAAGAAGUCAAACCUCAUGAUGUCGCUUUUUGAGCCUGGCCCAGAACCUCUCCCCUGGCUUGGGAAAAUGGCCCAGUUGGGUCCUAUUUCAGAUGCUAAAGAAAACCCUUAUGGUGAGGAUGACAAUAAGAGCCCAUUCCCCCUGCAGCCCAAAAACAAACGCAGUUACGCCCAGAAUGUGACUGUCUGGAUCAAACCCAGCGGCCUGCAGACAGAUGUACAGAAGAUUUUGAGAAACGCAAGGAAACUACCAGAAAAAACACAGACAUUCUAUAAGGAGCUAAACCGUCUGCGAAAGGCUGCACUGGCCUUUGGUUUUCUGGACCUGCUCAAAGGCGUGGCUGACAUGCUGGAGCGAGAGUGCACACUGCUGCCAGACACAGCGCACCCCGAUGCCGCCUUCCAGCUGACCCACGCCGCCCAGCAACUCAAGCUGGCCAGCACCAGCACCUCCGAAUACGCCGCAUACGACCAUAACAUCACCCCUUUGCACACAGACUUCUCUGGGAGCAGCACAGAGAGAAUGUGAACUGACAGGGAGUUUUUUAAUUUCGACUGAAAAGGACUUCAAGUAUAUUGACCUCCGACACAGCCACCAAGGGACCUUCCCAAGGUUGCCUCUGAAAUGCCACUCAACGGCUGGAAUGGCUGCUCCAGGGACGAAGGGGGCUGGCUGGUUGGCUUGAACCCCAGCUUGCUGUCUUGGUGUCUCUAAGCUGUUGAUUCCGUGAGGAACGCACCUCAGGAAGCUCAGGUGGCUGAGCAGAGCUCCCACCUUCCUCCUCAGGAAAAUGGGCACAGACUCCUGAUUCCUGACAGUAUCCUCUGUCCAGGUUGUGUCUCAGUUGUAACAUUUUCAAGCUGCUUUGAAGGGGCAGCCCGGGCUGCUUGGGACUUGCUAGGGACAAACCAAGUAUCACUGAGUUCCAGAAUUUUGCUUAGAACUUGGUAAAAUAUGACAGUAAUCUUUGGGUGCUUUGGGUGUAUCUUGAGAUACAAACUUUUAAACAGCAACCACAUACAUGUAAAAUGAUUCGUUUUUUUUUAAUGAAAAUAAAAUAGUUGAUUUUCUACAACA